GCGAGCCGCGGGCUCAGACGCGGCGGGGGACGCGCGGUCCGGGCGCUCCGGGCAGCCCGGCGGGGCCGAGCCCGAGCCCGAGGCCGGGCGGCGAUGCCGCUGGAGGCGCAGGACGCGCUGUACGUGGCGCUGGAGCUGGCGCUGGCCGCGAUGUCGGUGGCCGGCAACGCGCUGGUGUGCGCGGCGGUGGGCGCCUCGAGCGCGCUGCAGACGCCCACCAACUACUUCCUGGUGUCGCUGGCGGCGGCCGACGUGGCCGUGGGGCUCUUCGCCAUCCCCUUCGCCGUCACCAUCAGCCUGGGCUUCUGCACCGACUUCCACAGCUGCCUCUUCCUCGCCUGCCUGGUGCUGGUGCUCACGCAGAGCUCCAUCUUCAGCCUCCUGGCCGUGGCCGUCGACCGGUACCUGGCCGUGCGCGUGCCGCUCAGAUAUAAGAGUUUGGUCACGGGCGCCCGAGCGAGAGGAGUCAUCGCCGUCCUCUGGGUCCUUGCCUUUGGCAUCGGCCUGACGCCGUUCCUGGGGUGGAACAGUAAGGACAGCGCGGCCAACUGCACGGAGCCCAGGGACGGAGCCACCAACGCAAGCUGCAGCCUCGUCAAGUGCCUGUUUGAGAACGUGGUCCCCAUGAGCUACAUGGUGUACUUCAACUUCUUCGGGUGCGUCCUGCCCCCGCUGCUCAUCAUGCUGGUCAUCUACGUCAAGAUCUUCUUGGUGGCCUGCAGGCAGCUGCAGCGCGCGGAGCUCGUGGACCACUCGCGGACCGUCCUCCAGCGGGAGAUCCACGCGGCCAAGUCCCUGGCCUUGAUCGUCGGCAUCUUUGCGCUGUGCUGGCUGCCGGUACACGCCAUCAACUGCGCCACGCUCUUCCGGCCAGCCUGGGGCCACGAGAAGCCCAAGUGGGCCAUCUACACAGCCAUCCUCCUGUCGCACGCCAACUCGGUGGUCAACCCCAUCGUCUACGCCUACCGGAACCGGGACUUCCGCCACACUUUUCACAAAAUCAUCUCCAGGUACCUCCUCUGCCGGACGGACGCCCUCAAGAGCGGGGACGGGCAGGCGGGGGCGCAGCCUGCUGUCCAGGCGGGCCUAUGACCUGGGCUCUGGCCUCUUCGCGGAGAGGGCACAACGUCGCAGUAACCAAGAGACGGGGCGUGCCUGGCAGACCCUCCCCGGAAAAAGCUGCCCCUCACAGGCCAGCAGGCUGCCUCUCCCGAGCACGUCCCUGGAGGUAGCCCGCACCUGGUUAACGUGCACGUGUCACUGGUAGGUCCCCAGGGUUGACGAGCGUAUUUAUGGUUCGCUGGCUGCUGUUACUGUGUGGACCAUGCCGACGGCCUGAAUGGAUCGUAAAAGAAUGUUUUGUUUUUUCAAGAGUCUGCCUCUUUCGUGGUAGAAAACGAAUGAAACUGUUUUACUGUGAAACGCUGUGAACUAUUACAACACAAAUAUUUUUUAACUUAGAGGCAAUGGAAAAAGUUGGACAUACUAAAAAUAUAUACAUGUUCCGAGGAAGGUGACCAGGAAAAUUAAAAGUAUGAUUCUUCAAUCAAGAAACUGCUAUAUUAGGGAAAUGACACUCUCAUUCGUUCUUAGGUAGACUAUCAUCGUGACAGGUUUGAUAACAGUCUCCUCCAUGUGCAGCAAACUAAAGAAACUGGAGAAGUGGGAUCCCUCCCGCCACCAGAUUCCGUCUGCCCCUUCCACAGCUAGAUGGUGAAUUUCACUUGUCUCUCAAGUUCAAGUUUGGCCAAGUUGCUGGAAUCCAAAGUGAACAUUUUACUAAGGAAAGUUACAUAGUUGUGUUUGUACAUGAGAUGAAAUAAAAAUAAAACUUAAAAACGA